GCGCAACGCGAGACGGCGACAAGACGGACACAAUUGCAUAUCAGCAUUGACUUAGAAUAACGAGUGAUUUAUUCUUUUUUAAGAGCUGGUUUGAAUUAUAUAAAAUUGAUAUAUCUCAUCUUUAUUCAAGCAAGCCUGCCAGAAUGUCUGAUCUUCCUGAAACCUUCGACCGUCCCGUCCACAUCGCCGUUAUAGGCGGGACUGGCCUGUACAAGAUCGACGGGUACACUCCCAUUGCCCGCAUUAACCCCCUGACACCAUGGGGUUAUCCAUCCGCGCCCAUCCUUAUCCUCGAGCACGCCGGCGUGCCCGUCGCCUUUCUAUCACGCCACGGUGCGUACCACGAGCACGCGCCCCAUGAGAUCCCCGCGCGCGCCAACAUCGCUGCCCUGCGUCAUAUCGGUGUUCGCUGCGUCGUCGCUUUCUCGGCCGUCGGCUCCCUGCGCGAGGAGAUAAAGCCCAUGGACUUCGUCGUACCUGAUCAGGUUAUCGAUCGCACCAAGGGCAUCCGUCCCUUUACUUUCUUUGAGGGCGGUCUAGUCGGACAUGUGCCCUUCGGCGACCCCUAUGAUGAUAAAAUUGCGGAGAUUGUGCGCCAGUGUGCCAAGUCUAUGCAAGGCGAUGGUGUUGUGUUGCACGGAAAGGGAACCGCUAUUUGCAUGGAGGGGCCACAGUUCUCGACCCGCGCGGAGUCGAAUUUAUACCGCUCUUGGGGUGGCUCGGUGAUUAGCAUGUCGCUACUGCCGGAAGCUAAGUUAGCAAGGGAGGCUGAGAUGGCAUUCCAGGUCAUCUGUAUGGCUACGGACUACGACUGUUGGCACACUACUGACGACGUCGACGUGUCUAUGGUCAUGCACUACAUGGAAAGCAACGGACAGAACGCCAAGAGAUUGGUUGGCGCUGUGCUGGACGAGUUAUGCAAGCACGAGAACAGUGACUUAGUUACUGCUAAGCACUGGGAGGGUGCCAGCAAAGGCGCCGUGGCGUUCUGCACUAAGCCGGAAGGUAGGAAUCCCGAGGCGCUCAAGAAGGUCGAAUAUCUUUUCCCGGGUUUCUUAAACUGAUGUAACUACCUACCUGGUACUUAUAAUACAAGGGGUGUGUGGUUAUGAAUGGAUGGUAAGGAUAUCUAGACAUAGAUUACUCUCAUAGAUUAUAGCGAUAGACGGACUUGGAUUCUGUAGUAUUUUAUCGCCUAUUGAUACGCACUCUAUUCCUAUCCAUCGAAAAUAACUAGGUACUUGAACUUACGGAGGCAGAAUAUGUCAACCUACCUACCUACUCAUAUAAAAGAGGCCCUAGAAAUGGUGAGGAGUUAACUGAGGCAUAGGAAGCUUCUUUCCGGGCAGGAUCAUAAAUAUCUCUACAGUAGGUACCAUUCGCCCCCAAAUAUCAACCCCGUUACUAGUGCCUAUGAGUUAUUGAAGUAAGACAUUUUCAUCCCAUUCUCAUUUUUACAUCGUUCUCG